AUGACCCGCGACAUCACAAAUGCCGUCAAACUCGCCGGCCCAAACCCCGACCUAAACCCUCGCCUCGCUCUUGCCAUUGCUACCGCGAAGAAGUCAGCCGUCCCAAAAGCAUCUAUAGAAGCCGCUAUAGCGCGAGGUCAGGGUCUCUCUGCCUCUGGUGCUGCCCUAGAGUCGCUCGUUCUAGAGGCUAUCCUCCCACCUUCUAUCGCCACGAUAAUAGAAUGCCAGACGGAUAAUAAGUUGCGCGCGCUGGCCGACAUGCGCUUGCUUGUGAAAGAGGCAGGUGGCAGCGUCUCUACAGUAGCCUUCAUGUUCGAGAAGAAGGGGCGCAUAAUAAUACGGAAAAAAGACGGCAUGGGUGUUGAUGAAUUACUCGAGCCAGCGCUAGAAGCUGGUGCGUUGGAUGUGGAUGAAGACGCGGACGGUAGGGUGGUACUGUACACCGAACCCGCAAUGACAAACAAGACAGCCGACAAACUGGCAAAAGAGCUGGAUCUAGAAAUCGAGGAGAGCGAGGUCAUUUACGACCCGAAUGAGGAUACCAAAGUCCCCUUGGAGGAUGAGGCUGCGGCACACGCCUUGAACAAGUUUCUGGACGGGCUACAGGAAGUACAGGGUGUACAAGGCGUAUAUAUGAAUUGGACAAAGGGUAGCAUCGGAGACGAGGUGUGGGAAGAGCUGAGCAGCAAAGUAACGACAUGA